GUUGUUUUUCAUCAAUUCAGAAGGUAUAUAAGUCUUAAUGAUGCCCUUUAAGUGAUUUAGAAAUUGUAACUGGUUAGGUAGGUAUUACUACAUAGAAGCAGCUUUUUUGAAUCGAUGAUUUAAAGACUUUGCAGAUUUCGAUAAAGAAAUAAGUUUUUUGUUUUAUCAUUUGAAAAUACAUGUGCCCAACAAUGACUAGUUGCAGAAAUAAUUGAGUUCCAACAUUCUAAGUAGUUGUUCUUAUUUGGAAUCUCAAUUAAAGUUCUCACUGAGCUAUAUAGUGAAAAAUCGACUGAGAAAUCCCACCCUUUGUGACUUGCAACUGCAACAUGUUAUCAGUCUAGAUUCACGUUGUGUGGAAGGGGUUUACUAUAAUAAAUACAUAAUCAGACAUUUUUCUGUAACACAGCAACUCAAUUUAUAUUACUGUUGUCAUCACUAUAAAUUGUGUUUUCUAAGAUGGAUUCAUUUAAUUGUUUUCUUUAGCCGCGAAGUAACAUCAACUCGUAAACUCCCGAAAUCUCCAGAGGAAAUUGAAAAUCUCAUGUUAGAGAAAUCACACGGCGUUAAAAAAACUUACCUCAACCUUUUGUCUAAAGUUAUAAGCUCAAGUGCUACCGGUUCUAGUGUACCAGUUAAUGUUCAAGUACCUUCAAAUGAUCCUAAUAUUCAGAUACAAUCUAUUGGAAAUAACUUUCAAGUGAGCGGACAACAACAUCAACAACAAUUAAUGAAUACUCAAGUAAUCUCUUUACCACGAUGUGGACCUACUACAAUCCAAUCACAUCCUCAAAUUCUUCAAGUUAUGUCACAAAAUAUGCCUAACAGUAUUAAUAAUAUACAACAAAAUCAUAAUCGUCCAAGGUAUACUAUUAGUUCACAUCCUAUUCAACAACAAUAUCAGACAUAUCCACAAAAGAGUAUUAUUCAACAGGAUGGUACAGUUCUUGGAUCACCAUCAACACAUUGUAUACCUGUUUCAACAAUAUCCAAUCGUAUUUUUUUACCUUCAGGCGUCGCGGUUACUCAGUCUGGACAAAUUAUUCAAUGUACCACAGGAUCUGGACAACAACCAGUUCUCAUAUUCCAACAACCUCAGUCACAAAAUAUUUCACAAAUGACUUCACUAUCAUCUGCUGAUCAGUCUCUUUCACGGCAAACAAUAAUCAAUUCUCAAACGAUGGCAUCAUCUACAUCUAUUAAACCAGGGUGUCAACAAGAUGGAAUCUAUGUGGCCACUUCUAGCCCAAAUGCUGUUCUUAUUCGAACUUCUAGUUCUGGUUGCCUGACAGUUAUCAAUCCGUCAGGUACAACUAGUGAAUUAUCUCAUAUCAACUCUGGACAACAUUCAUUACACAAUGCUAAUGAUAAUUCAUCACUACCUGUUUCUGCAACAGCCGUCUCAAAACCAGUUCUCACAGUUAUACCAAAUCCUUCCGGAACACAAACAAAAAUUAUUCGCCCAAGUUUAUCUCAAUCACCUAAAGUUGGCCUUAUUCCUAAUAGUCAACUUCAAACAAGACCUAAUGCACCAAUCACUCAGCAAUAUCAACCAAAACCUACUACACAAUCAAAUCCCACACCUGUAAUUUCAAAAGUUCAAAGUUUCGCACCAGGUGAAAUACAACAAAUAUCUGAUAAAGACAAUAAGCUACCAGAAACGUCUACUACUGUUAAUACUAAUACUAAUAAUACUACUACUACUAUUACCACCACCACUACUACUACUACUUCUACUAAUAGCAUUAAAAAAGUUGAAGUAAAAUCUGAAGUACAAGCUCAAAUUAUCAGUGGUCUAACUGAUAUAGCAAAUCGUUAUUUGUCAACUGUAAAACAUGCUAUUCAAUUAGCAUCUAAAAGACCGGAAGCUGCUGGUUGUGUUCGAAAAUAUGUUAAAUUAAAAGAUAUUUUAGAGCAUCCAGAAGCAAAUUUAAAUGUUUUAUCAUUUGCACAACUUCCAUUAAUUGAAAAGUUAUUACAUGAAAUUGAACGAAAUCCAAUGCAUCUGGUUGAAGAACAUCUUCAACGCCAAGCUAAAGCAAAUGCUACAAAUUCUUCUCAUGCUACAUCUUCAUCAUCUACAAACACAAGUACAACUAGUACAAUAGGUAAUACACAAUCACAAAAGCAAGAUAGUCAACAACAACAACUGUCACGUCAUCAGUUGAAUCAACAGCCUUCUCAGUCACAUUCUGUUCCAGUUUCAAGUCAACAAAAGCAUGCAACUGUUAUUAGUCAACAGUCACCAAAUCGUUUUCAAGUCCCGACUACUAAUUUAAACACACUUCUAUCACAACCAUUCGGUGCUCCGAGUCCAUCCAGUGUGCUAGAAAAUCAGCCACAAAGUGUUAAUUCUCGACCACCUACUCAUUUCUCACCAGCUAGUAUAAAUCCCACUUCCUCAAUUAUUCCUGAUAUUUCAACCACAACAUCAGCAACUUCUGUUUCAGGAUCAGUUGUGGAACAUGGUCGAUUGCCACAUCCAAAUCGUAUUACUACAGCAGCUUCUUUGCUCGAAUCAUCUACUCAAAGUAGUACUGAGCCAACAGGAUUUUAUGCUAGUCUACAGUCAUUGGCUACAGAAUUCGAAAGAAUAUCUGACCGUAUGUCACAAGAUCAAGCUUAUUCUCGUCGAAUUUUCAGAGCGAUUCAUGAAAUUUCAUUGGAGACAAAAACAUUCAGAGAAAGUAUUGGAUUUUAUCUACCUCAAGAUACAAAUCAAUUUAUUGGACAAGAUAAUAAAUAUAACCUGACAACUAAUAUUGAUGAUUAUUCGAAUAAAACAAAUUCAUUAAUUACGACGUCUAAUUCAAAUGACAAUAAUAAUAAUAAUAAUAAUAAUAAUAAUAAUAAUAAUAAUAAUAACAAUAAUUGUACUGUUUUAAAUUCAUUAAAACGUAAACAUUCUAGUAACAGUGAUGCUGCUGCUGAUGAUGAUAAUAAUAAUAACAAUAUCAAACAACAAAAUAUCAUUGAAGUAAACUCAAAUGUAAAAUCUAAUGAACUGACAGAUGAAUUAAUAGUUAAUAAUACUACUGCAUCACUAUCUCCAUCAUCUUCAUCUUCAUCAUUAAAUGAAUUUGAACCGAAAACAAAGAAAUUAUGUAUUGGUUUAGUAUCUGAAAAUGAUACACAGGAAAAAUCCAAUUCACAUUUGCAAUACCCGGCAUUGAUUAAUACUAAUAAUAAUAAUAAUGAUAAUAAUAAUAAUAAUAAUAAUAAUAAUAAUAAUAUUAAUACCGAUGAAUUACAAACACCUACAUCACGUUCAUCGUUAUCAUUGUCUGUAAUUAAAACUGAGCACCAAGGUUCAAAUGGUCCAUCUGAAAAAUUAUUCAUACAAACAGACAUAGUGUAUAAUCCCGAAUCUGAUCCAUUGGAACAAUUUCCUACAGAUCAGCUAGAUCAAUUAAAUCCGAAAAUUCUUGUUGAAAUAUCUAAAUUACAAGCGUUGAAUAUUCAAGUUGAAGGCAAUUCACAUCCUCCAUGUAUUGAUGAUAUGGAAAGUUAUGCUACAUGUUUAGAUGCUGGUGAAUGGAAUACAAGUUGCCAUUUAAAAUUAACAUAUUUAGAUAAGGCAUGUCGUUUACCAUGUGGAUUGCCAGAAUUUUAUAUUCGAUUAACUCCAGAUUAUUUACAAACUGGUCAAUUAAAUUGGUAUUAUUUACCAAAAGUGAAAUAUCUCUCUUCAUUAAAUAAUUCAAAUAAAGAUGCUGUGAAUUAUUUAGAUAAUUCUGAACGAUAUUUAGAUUUAUACUAUGAUGAAUUAAAUAAACAAUUUGAUCGAAUGAAACAAUUAACUGAUCAUCGAAAAAGUUUAUUAAAAAUUGGAGUAACAUGGACCAGUGUCAUUUGUGCAUCAAUGGCUCGUUUUUAUAAAUUUGAUCACAAUUUAUUAACAAUUGCAGCUAUCAAAUCAAUUCAACAAAAUACUCAAUUAGCUUAUUAAAUAAAUAAAAUGUUAUAUAUAUUUAUAUAUAUAAUGUGUCUUGAAAAAUAACGAACAUGAAUAUAAAAAUACUUCAUUUUGUUUUAAUGAUAAAUUAUAGUAACAAUUUAAUAUCUAACUUUCUAUGCAAUUGUUUUAUGUUUAUAACUGACUUCAAA